UGGCUUCACUUCAGUGGUGAUUUGCACGACCUACACUGCCAGAACAGAUGUUUGGUCUGAGCGAGCCCACUGGCUGUUUUUCUUGUGGAAAAGUUUAAAUUUAAUUAAAAAGAGAGAUUUAAAACCAACUACAAUCUGAGAGAUGUCUGGAAAUACGACUUGCGAGGACAUCAAUGUGAAUUUUACGCACAACUUUCUGCCGCCUGUGUACAUCACUGUGUUCGUCGUCGGGACGCUGUCCAACAUCUGGGGGCUAAGAAGCGUGUGCACCAGCUGGAACAACAUUGGAAACAUCAACAUCUUCAUGCUCAACCUCGGGGUGGCGGACCUGCUGUAUCUGUCCACUCUGCCGUUCCUUGUGGACUAUUACGCGCACGACAGCAAAUGGAAGUUCGGCCAGCCUUUCUGCAAGGUGACCCGCUUCUGCUUCAACCUCAACCUUUACGGCAGUAUCGGCUUUCUCACCUGCAUAAGCAUCUACAGGUAUUUGGGCAUCGUGCACCCCAUGAGAGUGAUGGGGAAAAUCACCAGCCAGCACUCGCUGGCUAUAAGCGCCCUGGUCUGGCUUUUCGUCAUUGUUCAGAUCCUCCCUGAUAUGUUCUACGACAAAAAUGAUCUAAUCGCACCACACUCGUGUUUCGACACCACCUCGAACGAGCUGACCAAGGCCUACCUGCCCUACAGCCUAGCUUGGACCGUCACAGGCUUUGUCAUACCAUUGGUUAUAAUUCUGGUCUGUUACGGACACGUUGUUUUCGUCCUUGCUAAAAAAGCCAAUGUCAACCCUCUGUUGAAGCAGCGGUGUUUGAAACUGGUUGUGAUUCUGGUGAUACUAUUCUCCAUCUGUUUCAUACCCUACCACGUGUUUCGAAAUGUUAAUCUGAAAACAAGGAUUUUGAAACGAAAUGGGAUUUGUCACGCCAGCUUCCGCGACAUCUACAUUGCUCAUCAGGUCGGCAGAGCUCUGGCUUGUUUAAACAGCGCAAUAAACCCUCUGAUUUAUAUAGUUGGAAAUGAUGAAUUUCUCAUGAAGCUUCAUCACAUCGGUAGGCGGGUUCGGCUGUCAGUGGCAGACCUGACAGGCACACUCCUUUACCGCAAACCGGUGGAAGGGAUCCCGGAUUCGUCGUCAGAGACUCCUGUUACCUCCGACCUGAUCAAAGCAUAAGACGCACAAUCGGUCCACCCGACAUACAUUUCAGUGCUGCGGAGUCCUUGCAUAUCAUGCACCGCCAGAACUUCCACAUUUCCGGAAAGUGUGGCAAUGACCGAUGAUUUGCAAGAUAUUUCGCUUGUUAACGAUGUCGUAAAUCAUCAGGGCACCAAGAUGGCAGUGCGGAGAGAAAAACAAGUCCUGCUUGCGAAUUUUCUCUGAACUUUAUAACAAAAGACAGAAAUUGCUAUUUGCUGCUGCAGCUCAUGUUAUCAUCUCAUUUACUGCAGUUUUUGCUUCAAGCAUUCAGUAUUGUGCCAAGGUGGUGUUGUAUUCAUGUGUUUGUGUGCUUUAAAGCCGAUGUCCUGUGAAAGUCUAAUCCAUGUAUUAUGCUUCAGCAUUGCCAGGGACUUGUAAAUAAUUUACAAUAUAUUUCACUACCUUUGCACUCUUACAAGAGAAGAUUUGAUUGAUAAUGGUUUGUAUUUUCCAUCGGUUAUGUAACAGAUCCUUUAAGGGUUUUGAACAGAAGCUCUUAUUUCAUUUAACUGUCAGAGUGGCCAUUCCACAGCCUUUAUAUUGCAAGAUUAUUUAAAGAAAAUAGACAUGGUUUUAAUAAGGAACUGCAACAGCUACGAAAGUGCUGGGAUCUACAGUCUGAAGAAGUGGUGGAGAAAAUAAGCAAAACCUCAGUAAAGCUAUAAAUACUACGCUGUAAAAAGUAAAAGUCCUGUAUUAAAAUGUUUUCUUACAUAAAACUACUUAAGUAUUAUAUUGAAAAUGCCUCAAGUAUCACAAAAAUUAAAGUCUCCUGUCAGCAUUAAAUAUUAUUAUAUACUAUAUUAUUGGAUCAUUAUUAAUGAUGAAUUGCCAUGUAAGGUGAAAUAAAUUAGGAACGCCUAGAUAAAACUAAUGCAGCCCAAUUCAGCAAUAAAUUCUAUGUUCAGUUUUAGAGAGGUGUUGAUUCUACUGUAUGGUAAUUUUAGAGGAUGUAGUUUGUGGGGAUGUUAAUGCUUAUGGGUAUUGCAUUAUAUUGAGAGGUGUUUCUAUUAUUUUGUCCACCCCAUUUAUAUCAGUGGUGGUAGGCAAAGAGAAUUACAACAGGACCUUUACUGAUUGUUGUAUUAGACUGCAUUAGUUUUAGCUAGGUGUACCUCAUAAACUGGCAACUGAGUGUGUUUAUACAGAGCACCAAUGUUUAGAAUUACAUUUACUUUGUGACCUAUAUUCUUGUUUUCUUCCACUGUACCUACAUUUAAGUACCAGUGAGCAACAGUAAGUAUUUUACGGGUACCUGGUUCAUGCAGCAAAAUGACACUGCAAAUUGCAUGCUGAAUUUUCAAUGUCUUUCCAAAGAUUUGGAGAGAUUUAAGUUCAGCUGUAUUACGCACAGUUUCAGGAAAGGGUGAACCAACCACAAAUAUGCAAACACAGCUCUGGAGUCCACCACCUAAUUCCUAAUUAUAUUUAGUCUGUUCCUGUAGAACUGUGUUUUGUAAUUGCCCUAAACAAUCUAAUUGCCCUUUUGUAAACAGUCCUAUGCUUCACUGUGAGUGAGAGUCAGUGAUGGAAGAAGUACUUCUAUAUGUAAAUAAUAACACAGUAUAGAAAUAAUCUAUUACAAAUAAAAAGUCCCAGACUUUGA